AUGGAGUCCUUGGAGAUCUACCUGUUCUCCCUGCCCAUUAAGGAACAUGAGAUGACUGACUUUUUCCUGGGAGCAUCCCAAAAGGAUGAGGUCAUGCCAGUGCAGAAGGUAACUCGUGCUGGCAAGCGGACCAGGUUCAAGGCUUUUGUCACUAUUGGGGACAGUGGUCAUGUUGGUCUUGCUGUUAAAAGCUCCGAGGAGGUAGCCACUGCAAUCUGGGGAGUCAUGAUCUUGGCCAAGCUUUCCAUUGUUCUUGUGUGGAGAGGCUACUGGAGAGCAAGCUUGGCAAGCCACUGUGGCUCUCUGCUGGUGCACAUCACCCCUGGCAUCGUCUCUGCUCCCGUGCCCAAGAAGCUGGUGAUGACUGCUGCACACCAGCAAGGCUGCACUGCCAUCCUGGGCAACGUUGCCAAGGCCACCUUUGAUGUUAUCUCCAAGACCGACAGCUACUUAAGACCCCACCCCACCCUGACCUCUGGAAUGAUACUGUGUCCACCAAACCUCUUUAACAGGAAUUUACUGACCAUCUUGUGA